CUGAAGCGCUGUCGAGCCAGACGAUCCAAUGCCUGAUGACCCAGUGCCCGCUGUCAUACCUGGUGACCCAAUGCCAGCUGCCGAGCCAGAUGACCCGGUGUCCGCUGUCAUACCUGGUGACCCGAUGCCCGCUGUCGUGCCAGUUGACUCAAAGCCCGCUGUCGUGCCUGGUGACUCGGUGCCCACUGCCUUGCCAGAUGACUCGGUGCCCGCUGUCGAGCCAGAUGACCUGAUGCCUGGUGACCCGAUGCCCGCUGUCGAGCCAGACGAUCCAAUGCCUGAUGACCCAGUGCCCGCUAUCAUGCCUGGUGACCCGAUGCCCGCUGUCGUUCCAGUUGAGUCAGAGCCAGCUGUCAUGCCUGGUGACUCGGUGCCCACUGCCUUGCCAGAUGACUCGGUGCCCGCUGUCGAGCCAGAUGACCUGAUGCCUGGUGACCCGAUGCCCGCCGGUUGACUCAAAGCUCGCUGUCGUGCCUGAUGACUCGGGGCCCGCGGUCUUGCCAGAUGACUCGGUGCCCGCGGUCUUGCCGGAUGGCUCGGUGCCCGCCACUCCGCCUGGGGGCCCGGUGCCCGCCGCCCCGCCUGGGGGCCCGGUGCCCACCGCCCCGCCUGGUGGCCCGGUGCCCGCCGCCCC